AUGGACCUGAAAAAUGGGGCUCAUGGCGGUGCUUCCAACACAUCGGAGGCAUCAGAGCGGGCUACAACUGUGCAGGAUUCCCCAAUGCAGUCUGAGGGCCCUACAAGGGAGGAGGAGAGUGAGGCUAAGGACGAGGUGCAGAGUGAGACCCCUAUUUCGCCGACAGGAAGACGUCGGAGCCUCAUGACUCACAUAAACGAGUUGGGCGAAGCCCUAGCACAUGUAGGACGAGAAGCAGGCGAGUUGGGUGCUUCUGCCGCACAGAAAGCGGUCAAUGUGGGAAGAGAAGCAGGCGAGUUGGGUGGAGCCUUGGCGACUUCGGCAGCACAGACAGCAGUGAAUGUAGGCAGAGUAGGAGGCGAGUUGGGUGGAGCCCUGGCUUCUUCUGCGGUGACCCUCGCCAGCGGCGUGAGCGAGUACACGGAGGAUAUGUUGUUUUCCCCGACAGCUUCCAAGGGACUCUCCAAGAACGUGCAUACAGAUGAAGCAAGCUUUGAGCAGUUCUUGGGCCAGGUCAUCAAAGCGCAUCUUGACCACGAUGACUCGCAGGAGUUUCCGACCAGAAGGAGCAAUGUAAGGCGCAAUUUGACAGGCAUUCUAGAAGGUGGACAGCGUGGCGGAUUCUUCCAGAGGUGUCCCCAAACACAGGCUUGUUGCUACAAGGUUUGUGCUCGACUCGAGAAUUCGGUGUUCUUCGGCAUCUUUUGCUGGGCUUUCCUUCUGCUGCACUGCAUCGCGCUGGUGCGGGUGGCUAACAAUGACGGGUCUCCUGAGUUUUGGUACACCGUCUCAGAAAGUUACAUGGUCUUCUUUGUCCUCGAGCUACUUGUUCGCAUCGGUGCUGCCCCAAACCGUUAUUUCUGGCAAUCGGGUUAUGUAGUGCUUGACAUUCUCCUGCUACUGGCCAGUAUCGCAGAAGCGCUGCUUCCAUCAAUCUCGGACCAGUUUGGGCAAGGCCAGUUCACCUUACUGACCCUACAUCUUCUCCGCUUUCUUAGGGGCUUGCAGUCGCUGAACAUGCCUGAAUCAGCGAGCGCGGUCACAGCUUGCUUCGGGGGCCUGCUUCCAUUUUUCUUGUUCUUCUUGCUUUGCUGCAUUUGGUGCUUGUUUGCGGCGGUUUGGUACCUCGUCUUCAGCAGCACUACCUUUCCCGUGGUGCAGUUCAAUCACUUCGGAUCGGCCGUCCUGACCCAGUUCUAUCUUGCCUGCCAUGCCAUGGAUUGGGAUCGCAUCACGGAGCCCCUUGAGCAGGCAGGCACCCAGACAGCCACGCUUCUGGCAGCUCUUUUUGUAGUGACUCUCUUGGGCGUUCUGUUCCUGACAGCCAAUGGAGCCAUCAUCAUUUUUCACGAGCUUGCCGGAAGAGGGAUCGCGGAUUAUCAGCAGACUCAGGGCAACAAGGACAUGAGGAGAAGGCUUUUGGGCCUGUCGCGGCUCGAGGAAUCCUUGGAGCGUGCUGCGUGCGGCUUGGGAGCGUCCAGGGAAGCAUGGGGUGAAUGGCUGAUGCAGAGCCGGGCAAGGCUUGCGGACGCACUUGGGGAACUGAAGCCCAGCCUCAAGGUUUUGAAGAUCACUGCGGAGGAAAUCCUUCAGCUGUAUGAUCACUUGUACGAGGUGAGCCACGGAGCCCUCACGGUCUCAGAGCUGCUUUUCGGGAUCCUCCGGAUGAUCAGCCCGGCGGAGGUGGCCGAGCUCCUGCAGGUGGACCACAUGCAGAAGCAGUGCAUCCAAGUCGCGGAGUCGUCCAUGGGCAGCAUGGAACGCCAGAUCGAGAAGGGCCGACAGCAACUUGAUCGAAUGGAGAGCAGCGUGUCUCAGCUUCAGCGGCAUCUCCGAAAAAUGCGCUCACAAGCGCGAAGAGCACGCCAGGAGCUGUCCGAUCUGGUUGUGGAGGUGGAGCAGCAGUAUCAGGGUUGCAUGGCCAGCGUUCACGAGGCAGCGUCCAUGCGGCAGCUGCACCUCCGGCUCACCCACGAGAACUCAAGGCAAGAGGUCUUCAACCGGCUACACGUUGCACAGAGGUCCCUAUCAAACCUACGACACUUCAGCACUCGCGUCAAUGCCUUCGGCUUCCCCCAAGUGGCGGACGGCGAAGCCUGGGAUCAGGCCGAGCAGGACUCCGAAAGCGCCUUUGGUGAUCCUGGACAGUUUGAGAAGGUGGCCAACAUGCUGCAAGCCGAAGUCAAGAAGCGCAUCGGCACGCGAUUGCGGCAAUACCUAGAGCUACAGACCCUGAACGCUCCGGAUGCUCCGGCUGCGGGGACCUGA